GGGUGCGCGGUGGGGUGAAAACUAUGGCGCGCAUCAGGCUGGAGGACCUGGACGGUCUGGGCGAGGAGGAGGCAGCCGGUGGCGGGGAGGAUGAGGAAGAGGAGGAGGAUGAUGAUGAGGAGGAACGAGGCCGGUUGUUUUCCCACUGGGAGGUCGUAGCCAGCACGCACCGAGUGAGCCUGCCCCGAGACAUGGCAGGCCCGAUCGUCCAGAUGACCCGGCACAGCCAGGCUCGAGAGCCCGUGCCGUACGUUACCCUCUCGCAGCAUGAGGAGUGUGAGGAAGCAGCCUACGAGGAGCGGUGGUACCCAGCUGGGAAGUGGGCGUGUGUCACCAAGGGGGAGCCCAUGUAUGAGCAGAGCAUCUCCAUGAGCUUCAUGAAGCUCAUGCGCUACAUCUGCGAGGAAAACUCUGUAGGUUGUUACCUGGGCAUGACAGUCCCAGUUCUCAACGAAAUCCACCUGACCAAGGAGGGGACCGAGCUAGAGCGUGAGGUCGUAACUGCCUAUUAUCUCCCGGGAGAGUUUCAGCAAAACCCCCCUGUUCCCACAGACCCUGAAAUCCACAUCACUGAGAGGGCACCACUCCGGGUUAUAACCAGGGUUUUCUAUGGGACGACCACUGAGGAGACAAUUCUGCGAGAGAUCAGUCUCUUCUGUGAGCUCUUGGGCUCCACAGACACUGUGCUCCAGGAAACCUACAUCGUGGCUACUUAUGAAAAUCCCAGCAUCCCUCAGCGCCGCAAUGAGAUUUGGUUCAUCUGCCGAGCAGAGUGAGUCCCUCUGUGACCGCAAACCGUCUGGCGACUGGACCUGGUGUGAUGGCAGUUCUGACCCACCAUUCACCUACAAAAUGACAGGAGACUGCGGGGUGGGUUUGCACUCUGUCCUGCGAGGGACCAAUCGAGUGAAAACCUGACUGUUCUGCACUUCACCUGCCCCUGCAGAAGCCAGCUGAGGAUGGAGUUGGCGCCAAGGAGAGCCUCUGCAACAGGCUGCUGGUGGGAAGCACGUGGUGGGGCCUUGUGUAAGGCAAUACCUAAUUGGGCUUGUGCAAUGUACUGGCCUGACCUGGACUUCUUUUAGCUCUGAACUGGGGUUGCAGAGCUGUGCCAGGCGUGCUAGUGAGGCUUGUGGUUGGCAAAGUCACAAGCUGAUGGAUAGAAAGCAAAUGACUGUAUAUGAACUGUGGAGCUCUGUCUGGGCUCUGGCCUGCUUCCUAUGAGAAUGGCUGCCUGUCCCAAAUGGAGCCACUGAAAUGCUGCAAUGGGGAAAGCAGGGUUCAAAGGGGGAAAGGGCUCACCAAAAGUGAGAUGUAUAUCCUGUAUGUUUCCUGCUGGGGUGGCUCUCUUUGGACUGCUGGUUGCUUCCCUGACUCACUCACCAUCCCUCAGCCAGGGAUGUGCAGCCAGCCUGCACAUCAGCCAGGGCUGGGGUUCUGGCAGCCUUUGCCCAUCAGUUGUGGGUGUGAUUUUUCAGACCUGCUGCAAGCUGAGAGCAACAGGCCCUGAGAGCAGCAGCAGUAGCACCACUAUGUGCUUUG